CUUUGGUUCCAUAUUUUGUUGUUGUAGUAAUUGUUAAAACCGCCACCGAUGUUGUGAAUGUAACCGAGGGACAGUCAGUGUCUCUGAACUGCACCAUAAGUGGUGAUGGAAGUUAUACUUGGGAACGUCGAGAUGGAACCGAGAUCGAAAAUGCGAAAAGAAAGGUUAAAGGAGGAGGACGACUGCUUGAAAUUACUGACGCGGCCAUCGCAGAUUCUGGUGCCUACACCUGUAAAGCAGGCGAAAAGGCACACACCAUCACGCUACAUGUUAUUGUUGAAGUCAAGGUGGAAAUGGCCCUGCAGGUUGAAAAUUACAACUACACUAAAGAGCUGGAGAAUAAGUCAUCGCCACAAUACAAGGCAAUCGAGAAAAACUUUACCGAGGAGAUGGACAUCGUUUACAGAAAUACUUCAGCAUAUAUAAGAACAGAGGUUUUGAAAAUGACGAAAGGAAGUGUGGUAGUGGAUUUCAACGUUAUUAUCCAAAUUGUAACAACUGAUCCCAAAAAUGAGACAACUAUAGUAGAUAAAAAGGCCUCAGUCGUCCAAACGACAAUUAAAGAAGCCGAAGAUGGGUUUGUAAAGCGGCUAAAAGUGUCCAAAGUCAUUCCAAAGACCGAACCUCCAGAGCCUAGUGGCGUGGAAAUCUUUGAUAUCAAAUCUGAUGAGCUGAGCAUUCGAUGGAAACCGUCGGAAGAUGCUGAAACUUUCGACGUUCGCACUUACUCGGUGCAAUACAGAGCAUAUGGUGAAAAGACCUACAGCGAGCAUAAUCAAACAGCAACCGCUGAAACUACAGGCUACUCUUACAGGAUUAAGUCUCUCGAACCUGAGACUGUCUACAUGAUACGGGUCGGUGCUUUUAACUCGUAUGGACCCAAUUUCAACGAAGAAACUGGCCAUGAAACCGAACCCGCACCUUUUGCUUGGUGGAUUAUUUUCUUGGCCGUGUUAGGUGUCCUCUUGAUUCUUGGCAUACUCAUCGGCAUUAUUAUUCACAGACUCAAGAAAGCGCAGGAAAGAAGAGAGCAAAGAGAGGCUCGGUUUCAAACUCUCCCAUCCCAAAACGAGGCUCAAAAGGGCGAAGUAGCAGUUUACCAUGCGGAGAAUGUUAAAGCGUUAACAUGCUCGUUUACAAACACUGCUUACAAGCCGGGUGAGAUGAACUGGAAAGAGUUUCUGUACGCGAAUAUCAAACUGUUGGAUGAACUAGGUUCGGGAGCAUUCGGCAUCGUUUUUAAAGGAGAGCUGCAGCAAGAGAACGGGAAUAUCAUUCCUUGCGCAGUAAAAACCUUAAAACCAUCUGCCACAAAGGUGGAAAGGAAAGACUUGUACAAUGAGUUGGAAAUCAUGGCCAACGUAGGACACCAUCCGAACCUCGUGAAUUUGAUCGGAGCAUGCACCCAAGAUGACCACCUACUCGUUAUAAUAGAGCUCGCAGAAAACGGCUGCCUGUUAGAUUUCUUAAAACAGUCCCGACAACAAGAUGGAAAUAACACUAGAAGCGGCUUAACAGAACAUAUGAAGACAUCGAUAGCCGUCGAUGUAGCGCAAGGAAUGGCACAUUUAGCACGCUGUAGGUGUAUUCACCGAGAUCUCGCAGCAAGGAAUGUUUUACUGGGGAAGGACUACGUUGCUAAAGGUUCCGAUUAUGGUAUGGCACGUGAUGUGUACGAACAGCUGAUGUACAAGAAAGAAACUGAGGGUAAACUUCCGGUUAAAUGGAUGGCUGUCGAGUCCUUGGAGACAUACACUUUCAUGAUGGAAUCUGAUGUGUGGGCUUACGGAGUACUGCUUUGGGAAAUAGAAUCAGGAUCUGUUGCAGGUACACAUAACCAGGCUUUGGAAGCACUUUUGUUGUUGGGAGCGACAGAUUGUUCAGAAAGCUUUUUUGAGGGAGGACCACUGUGGAGAUUGUUCAUUAUAACUUUAGAGAAAACUGUGAGUUUGUGUCAGCAGUGA